AUGGUUGCCGGAAUUGAACACUGCGUUUAUUGUUUCGACGUUCUGGUCGCCCAUUUUGAAGGAAGAGUACCUUUAGAACCAGAAUUCGAUGAUGAUCAAUAUCCACUCUUUGUGACUUGGAAUGUUGUUCAUCAUGAUCAACUACGCCUUCGUGGCUGUAUCGGAAAUUUUGAACCUCUUUCUCUUCAUUCUGGUUUGAAAGAAUACGCAAUAACUAGUGCUAUUCAUGAUAGAAGAUUUACACCUAUUACAGCUAGAGAAUUGACUAAUCUCACUUGCGGAGUUUCUCUUUUGACACAAUUUGAAGAUGCAGAUGAUUAUCUCGACUGGGAGAUUGGUGUUCACGGUAUUUGGAUUGAAUUCGUUGAUGACCACAAUCGUCGUAGAUCUGGUACUUACUUACCUGAAGUUGCGGAAGAACAAUGUUGGACUAAGGAAGAAACUAUUGAUUCUCUUCUCAGAAAAAGUGGAUACAAUGGUAGAAUUACCGAUAGAAUUCGUAGUCGCGUCGUUCUAACGCGUUAUCAAAGUGCAAAACAUAAUAUAACUUAUGAUGAAUAUAUUCAAUAUAUUCUUUCAAAAAAAUCAACAACACCUAACACUAAAGUUAUUCACCAUCACGAAAGUAAGAAAUCCAAAGAAUCUAAUAAUAAUAAACAAAAAUUGAUAAUCGAUGGAUUUGACAUCGAUGAGUUAAAUUAG